UGUACACUUCCGGAAAGCGUGUUUUGCUGUGUUUGCAUGUAGCGUCAAAAUUAAUGUUAAAUUUGGUGCCGUGACAAGCAACCCACAAUGAAGUUGAAUGUAGAUGGCCUGCUGGUGUACUUUCCCUAUGAUUACAUUUACCCUGAGCAGUAUCUGUACAUGGUUGAGCUCAAGCGUUCUCUGGAUGCAAAGGGCCACUGUGCGCUUGAGAUGCCAUCAGGAACAGGCAAGACCGUGUCUCUGCUCUCGCUGAUCGUCUCUUACAUGAGGGCUUACCCUCUGGAAGUGAACAAGCUAAUUUACUGCUCCCGGACAGUACCAGAGCUGGACAAGGUUGUAGAAGAGCUGCGUAACCUGAUGAAGUACUAUGAGAAGGAAUCGGGUGAAGUCCCCAACCUGCUCGGUCUGGCUCUCAGUUCCCGUAAGAACUUGUGUGUCCAUCCUGAGGUUGGCCGUGAAAGAGAUGGUAAGGUCGUGGAUGGCCGAUGCCACAACCUUACGGCAUCCUUCGUCAGGACCCGGCACAAGACAGACCCAACAGUUCCAGUUUGUGACUUCUAUGAGAGUUUUGACAAACAUGGGAGGGAGCUACCAUUGCCCCCAGGUAUAUACAGCCUGGAUGACAUGAAAGAUUAUGGCAAGAAGAAAGGAUGGUGUCCCUAUUUCCUGGCCCGAUACGCACUCUCCCAUGCCAAUGUAGUAGUGUACAGCUAUUACUACCUACUCGACCCCAAAAUUGCCGAGAGUGUCUCCAAAGAAUUGUCAAAAACGGCAGUUGUUGUAUUUGAUGAAGCCCACAAUAUAGAUAAUGUAUGUAUAGAGUCUAUGAGUGUGAUGUUGACAAGACGGACAUUGGACAGGUGCUCCCAGAAUAUAGAGGCUCUCAACAAACAUAUUGACAGGUUGAAAGCCAGUGAUGCCCAGAGAUUACAGACAGAAUACCAGCGACUGGUUGAUGGAUUGAGGGAUGCCAGCGUUGCCAGGGAAACCGAUGUCAUCCUUGCAAAUCCAGUCCUACCAGAUGAAAUUCUGCAAGAGGCAGUCCCAGGUAAUAUUCGAACAGCGGAGCACUUUCUCGGCUUCAUGAAACGUUUUUGUGAAUACAUGAAAACCAGAUUACGAGUGCAACAUGUGGUGUCAGAGUCUCCACCGUCAUUCCUCAAAGACUGUCUGAACAGAGUCUGCAUCGAGCGGAAACCCUUGCGAUUUUGUGCCGAGAGGUUAAAGUCGUUGAUGCGGACCCUGGAACUGGCAGACACUCAGGACGUCUCUGCAGUGACAUUGCUCUCCAACUUUGCCACACUCGUCAGUACUUAUGCUAAAGGAUUUGUUUUGAUCAUUGAGCCCUUUGACGACCGCACGCCGACUAUCAACAACCCGAUCCUGUACUUUAGCUGCAUGGACGCUUCUAUAGCCAUCAAGCCAGUGUUUGACCGAUUCCAGACAGUGGUCAUCACAUCAGGGACCUUGUCACCUCUAGAUAUGUAUCCAAAGAUUCUAGAUUUCCGUCCGGUAACCAUGGCAACAUUCACAAUGACCCUAGCCAGAACCUGUAUAUGCCCUCUGAUUGUCAGUAAAGGAAAUGAUCAAGUGGCCAUGAGCUCCAAGUUCGAGACUAGGGAAGACAUAGCUGUGAUAAGAAACUAUGGCAACCUUCUAGUGGAGCUGUCAGUGAUUGUACCUGAUGGAAUAGCAUGUUUCUUUACCAGCUAUAUUUACAUGGAAACGAUUGUGGCAGCAUGGUAUGAACAGGGCAUCAUAGACCAGGUUCAGAAGCACAAGCUGCUGUUCAUCGAGACACAGGACGCUGCGGAGACGUCACUAGCUCUGCUGAACUAUCAGAAGGCCUGUGAGAAUGGUCGAGGAGCUGUGCUGUUGUCAGUAGCCAGAGGAAAGGUUUCAGAGGGAAUAGACUUUGACCACCAUUUUGGCCGAGCUGUCAUCAUGUUUGGCGUUCCCUAUGUCUACACUCAGAGCAGAAUCCUCAAGGCCCGUCUCGAGUAUCUGCGAGACCAGUACCAGAUACGUGAGAACGACUUCCUGACAUUUGACGCUAUGCGGCAUGCAGCCCAGUGCAUGGGGAGAGCUCUGCGAGGGAAAACUGACUAUGGCAUCAUGGUUCUUGCAGACAAGAGAUUUGCAAGAGCAGACAAGCGUGGGAAGCUACCUCGAUGGAUCCAGGAACACCUGAAUGACCACUUCUGUAACCUCUCCAUUGAUGAGGCUGUCCAGGUGUCCAAGAAGUUUCUACGGAUGAUGGCUCAGCCAUUCAGCAGGGAGGACCAGCUGGGCCUGUCCCUCCUCACCCUCGAACAACUACAGGCAGAAGACAUGCAGAAGAAGCUGGAGUCCAAGAUGCAAUAUGUCUGAUAUCUGUCUCAAGUCUGUUUGAUAAUGUGUGAUAGAUAUCUGUCUGAUGCCAAUUUGAUGUCUGUGUGUGUGAUGGUUGCAUGAUGUCUGAUGUUUCUCUGGCAUAUUUUUGAUACGUUCCUGAUGCCUGAUACAUGUGCCUGUUGUUGAUUUUAGCAUCAUUUGAUACACAUGAAUGCAACUGUUGCCAUUCUAACUGUAUCAAACAAUCAUCAUGCGAUGCCUCUGUGAAACUUGAAAAGAACAUGGAACAGAAAGUGACAUGAUUUCACUGCCAAAGGACAAACAAAUUCGGCAGUGUUUGCAUUAACACUCCUUACACGGAGUUUACUGUUACCCUGGUGGUGUACCAUCGGAACCAACAACACCACCAUGCAGUUUCCCAAGCAGAGGUUCAUCACUUACAAUACUGCACAUCAGAUAUACUGAGAGAAACAAAUAAAGAAACACAGGAAAAUUCAAGUGUUCUUUAAUAUUUUCUAGUUUUUAUCUCCAGCUUUGAAUAUUGCUGUGGGGGGAAAUCUGAAAAUAAAUAAAGGAACACUGCCAUGAAGUGGUGUUCCCUUAUUUGUUUCCCUCAGUAUAUUUUCAUUGUCGUAAUGGUCUGUGACCUUCUUUAUAGAUGAUGAUGAUGAUGUUGCAUGUAUGUAGACAAAAUGUAUGAUACCUCAUACAUAAAUACUCAUUGUUGAAAUGAAUAGGAGCCUUGUUGAUUCUGUUGCUCUAUUUCAUGGAUAUAUAUUAUAUAUAGCACAGCGUUAUUGAGCGGUUUGUCAGUUGCUUUUCAGGAUGCUCUCAUAUGACAUGGAAAUACAGUGACACCAUGUUAGUCAGGACCUUGUUAAUCCGUUAUACCAUCUUUCUGACAGGUAGUGUUGUGUAUGUCUUUAAGGUACAAGGGACAUGAAUAUUUGCCAGUCAUCAUUAAGUUCGGAAAAAGUUCUACGGGACAAUUUCUUUGGAACAGUACAACACUGCUGUUUAUAUAAAAUGAUUGUGAAAGGUUUCUUCAAUUAUUCCAUAAUUAUAUAAUACUUGAGACUUUGUAAGUUAUCUGAUAUUUUGUAUGAAUAAAAGUGAAAUCAUUUAUAUACAAAGAAGAGUUUGUUUUUCCUUUCUAAGGGACUGGCCAUUGUGAUCUUUCAAUAAAAUAUUCUGUUCCUGAAAUUGCUGAAAAAUACUGGACUUCUUGAAUACUCUGAAAAAAUGUUUUGUGGAUAUAAGAAAUAUUAUUGGAUGCUCUUUUCAGAGACAUAAACUACAGACAAAAUAUAUACCCUGUCUUAAACAAGGAACCAAGGAUCGUGUAGAAUAUGACAUUUUGGUGACCAUUACCAGGUAAUAAUUUAUAAUAUAUUGUAUAAUUGUAUAAUACAUGACAACAACAUUUAGUAAAUGAUAAAAUCAAAACCUGUGAUGUCAUGAUCAUUUCAAGGCAUAAGUGGUAUGUGUAUCAAUGGUUUCAGGUUUGUCCACACUUGUUCAGAUGUCUGCGUGCGUGCGUGUGUUCAUGCAUGCAUGCAUGCAUUUAUGUGUGUGUGAAUGUACCACAAAUUCAUUCCUGUUAAUGCGUAUAUUUAUGUGUAAAUGUACCACAAAUUCAUCCUACUUAAUGUGUGUUUGUGUGUGUGUGUAACACAAAUUCAUCCUCAUUAAUGCACCUGUGUAUGUGUGAAUGUACCACAAAUUCAUCCUUGAUAAUGCAUGUACAUGUAUUUAUGUGUAAAUGUACCACAAAGUCGUAAAUGUAUAAAUGUAUGUGUGAAAGUACCACAAAUUCUAUAUGUGUGUUCAUGCGUGCAUGUUCGAAUUCAUGUACUGUACAUAUGUUUGAAUGUACCAAACUUUGGUGGUGUCUGUAUGCACAUGUGUAUAUAUCAUAACAAAUAAAGAUAAGUGCAAAACUU